ACUUCAGUCUCUUCUGUGUACAGUAGACAGUAGAUAACGGUACCCGGCCGAAAUAGUGCAAGUGAUUCUCGGUUAGUUUACAAAAACGCGCGGCCCGCCAACAGUUACUGUGUAGUCUACUCCGUGGAAAAUUUACUGUGAAAAAUAUUGUUAGAAAGCUGUUUAUUUUGAAAAAAAAAUGCUAAAGCAUAUCAGUAUUAAUUCGAACAAAAAGACUGAUUAGAUAGAAAGUUGUAAAUCACUCGUGAUUUUUUCAAGUAUUAUUUUUCUAAAUUUGGAUUUUGGAUGUUUUGACAACUUGUGAGAAGUUUAGGAUCUAUGGCCGUGAGGACGACAAACUGGAGCUAUGACUAACAGCUGAAUUUGAUAGCUUUUCAAGUCAUCGAUAGAGUAGGUCGGUGACUCUCAAGGACUCGUCAGGACCCUCCCAGACUCAACAGGACUCCAAAUCCUCAUAAGGCUCUCAUAGGCUUCCUAGGACUCUACUGAAGACUCUUGCUGACUCCAUAGGACUCUCCAAACCUUCUCGAGUCCUCAUCAGACUCCCCUAGGCUUUCCGGGACUCUAUAGAGAACGCUUACAGACUCAACAGGACUCCAAAACUCUCCAAAUCCUUAUAAGACACUCCUAGGCUUCCUAGGACUUCACUAAAUACUCUCCCAGACUCGACAGGACUCCAAAACUCUCCAAAUCCUUAUAAGACUCUCCCAGGCUUCCUAGGACUCUACUGAAGACUCUCCUAGACUCCUUGGGACUCUCCAAAACUACCUGAGUCUCCAUAACUUCACACUCUCCUAAUACUUUUCCCCUAUAGUCUUCAGAGGACUUUCCCAGUCUCCACAACUCUCUCAGUUAACUCUUUUAGUUACUGGUUAACUUAACUCUCUAACCUUCUAACUUAAGUAACUCUAGUAACUUCCCUAGUUUCUUAGACUCGCCCUAGCUUUACGAGAGGACUUUCCUCCUCCAAAACUUUCCUAGUAUCCAUAACUCUCUUAGUUACUAGUUAACUUUACUUUCUCACCUUCUUAGCUAACUCUCCACUAACUCUCCUAGUUUCUUAGACCCUCCCUAGCUUUCCGAGAGGACUUUCCUCCAAAACUUUCCCAGUCUCCAUAACAACUCUCCCUAGUUUUCCGAGGACUUUCAAAGACUCUUGAGGACUCAGAAUCCAAAAUAGACUCUCCUUAGCUUUCCGAGAACUUUCCUCCAAAACUUCCUGACUCUCCUCAACUUCAAACUCUCCCUUAGUUUUCAGAGGACCUUUCAAGACUCUAGAGGACUCAUAAUCCAAUAUGGCAGCCAUCAAGGAAUGGUUUCAGCGCAUGCGCCCUUUGCGUGUUUGCAUACUUCUGGCGCUGACAACUGCUUACUUCGUGGCUCAACUUUUUGUGAGUCAUCUGACUCAUGCGUUGACUCUGCUAGUUGACUCAUAUCACGUACUAUGCAACAUUAUAGCGCUUGUCGGAUGUAUUAUUACAAUUAAGUAUGGACGAUCCAGUGGUGAGAUUACAAAUUCCCAAGAGUCUUCUGUAAAAACUGGAAGUGAAGAGUUGAAAGUACUGUCAACUCCCUUGGGUUCUGUCAAGUUCGCACCUCAAGAUUUGCACCAGCCAGAACGCGAACUGCGCAACACAUUCGGAUGGGCCCGCAUCGACAUCCUGGUGAUGCUAAUCAACUGCGUGUUCCUGGCCUCUCUCUGCUUCUCGGUGCUCGUGGAGGCGGUGCAGACCCUCAUCCACAUCUCCCACCACGACGAGAUGCAUCACCCCAUCCCUGUCUUCUGUGUAGGCCUGGUCGGAGUACUAAUCAACCUGCUCUGCUACGUUAUGAUCGGCGGCUAUACCUACCACCAAGGCAGCUUCCUGCACGUGACAGAGACAGGAGACGUGGUCCUGGAGUCGGUUGAUGACAAAUCGCUGGCCUACGGACAGAGACGGUUGUCAGCUCAGACAAGGAAGCACAACACUGUCCCUCUCACCUCACCCAAGCGGCAGGGGCUGUGGGAGACCACGCGUGACGUCAUAGGCUGUGUGAUAGUGCUGUUGUGCUCAGUGAUUGUGUACCUGACAGACGAAAGUGUGGCCAAAUACGUCGACCCCGCCCUGUCCAUCCUAUCAGCUGUUCUACUGCUCUACUUCAGUUCUCCUUAUAUGAAAGAAUCGUGCCUUAUCCUACUGCAAACUAUACCAGACCACAUCAACAUAGACAGCUUAGAAUCAGAGCUGCUGUUGAAAUUCAAGGACAUUGUCAACGUUCACGAUUUCCACGUUUGGCAACUGACAUUGGACAAGACCUUCUCUACUGUGCACAUCAUAUUCCAAAAUCCACAUGACUACAUAAGAAUCACAGACGACAUCACUAAUUUCUUCCAUGAGCACGGCAUCACACAUGUAACAGUUCAGCCUGAAUUUUACAAGGACCUGAAUAGUGUGGACCUAGUGUCAGGCAAGGGAACAGCCCAAUGCUUGGUGCAGUGUCUCCGUGAUGAAUGUUUGGACUCCCACUGUUGCAGCAGCAAGGAUGAUCUCAGAACUAUUUCAAUCCAGAAUUUGACUUCGAAAAAGAUGAUACGCGAAGACGAACCAGUGAAAAUAUUAAACAUCAAAAACAUUGCCGACGAAUCAUUCAUCAAUUACGACCAGACAAGGAAUUUCCAGAGUUGUAUGAACUUGGAAAACACUAGGAAAAAUGAAAACUCCAACGGAAAAACUAAUGGAAGUCUGAAAGGCUCCAUAAGCGUUCCAGACAUCGAGAAAAAACUACACAGAACCUCCAAUAUGAUUAUGAAUAAUGGUAAUGGAUAUGCUGUAACGAACGGGGUUCAAAAUGGAAGUAUCGAUAAAAAAUUGGGAGAAAUGUUGAGGAAAACUGGGAAAGAAAUUGAGGAAACUGUGCACAGGAGUGGUAGAAGUGUGGAUCCGUCGAGAAAAUCGGGAAAUCUUGAUGAGAAAAAUGUUGAAGACGCAGGGAAAUUUAGUGAGGGAGAGAUCAAAAUUAAGAAUUCUUGCUCUCAAACCUCUAUUAAUGUUAUUAUAAGAGAUGCUGGUGAAGAAGUAGGGGAAGUUGAAAGAGAGGCAAUAGAACUCAACCAAUCGGAGAGUGGUUUGGAGAAGGCGAGCCAAUCAGAGAGCGGCUUGGAAAAGUCCGACAAUUCAGAAAGCGAGAAAACUGUAAAAGAAUGAUGACAGGUUCAUCAGAUUAUAAUAGUUCAGGGAGAGAUAAAUUUUGAAACGAAUUUUUUUCCAAUUCUGGUUUAAAUUCAGUUGAAUGUUACUCAAAUCUUGUUUAGAGUCUUGUUGAAAUUAUAGAGUUGGUUAUAAAUUUGAGUAGCCUAAUACAGUUGAAUAAUAUAGAAUUAGUUUAGGCCUGAAUUAGAUUUCAACUGAAGGAGAAAAAUAAGGUAAAGUAUAGAGGAUAGUAUUGUGAGGAUGAAAUCCAAACAUUUUUUUAGUAUUGACUAAGAAUAUAGAGCUUAAAUACCAGGAAUUGAUAGUUUAACAGCUUCUAACAAUAUAAUGAUUAGGCCUAUCCAUAGACCUAUCUUUUUGAAUUAAUGUUGAGGUGGAAUUCAAGAUAAUUAUCAAAAUUUAAAAACAACUUUGUAUUCAAUAACCUGAACAUUUCACAACCUCAGAUUACAAGAGGAAAUAUUAAUAAAUAAUUCUUGAAACUUUGGAACAGGUAGAGACGAUGUAGGCUAGUUUCUUUUGUUGUUACAAUGCAAAAGUAUAAUUUAUUUAUCUGAGUAAAGUAUGGUAUUCGACCUAAAACAGGGGAAUCAAUGGGAAGUUUGAAUUGAUUUGACGAAGAAAAUUUGAAAAGUUUGAAUUAAUUUGAUGAUAAAAUUUGAGUAAUCAUAUAUGUUUGAUGCUAGAAUAGUCGAAACUCUAUCAAAUUUGAUAGAAAAGUUUGGAGUUUGAAUUACCUUGAAUUCAACGUUCGACAACGUUGAAAAAAUUAAUAAAAAUGUAGAGAAUAAAUUUUUAACCAAAUUCUUAAAUUUUAUGAAUAAAUUCGUACUGAAAAGCAUUCUACUAAUAUGCUCAGGGAUAGAUUCCACAUAGGAUAUUUUUUUUCAAAUUGAAAAUUUGAAUUUUCUUGAUACACCAGCUUAUUAGGUAGUUGAAUAUGGGACGUUUUAUAAUGUGUUGUUUCAGACAAUGACCCUCAGUGUUCAAUUAACCAUAGAAUUAUUAUUUUUGAUAACACUUUGAAAAUACUAUUAUAUUGUGAUAUUAUAUAAUUACUUGAAAUAUUGGGCUGCAGGAAAUAGUUUGUGUUGCUAAUUCUAAAGAUAACAAAAAAGUAAAAUUAAAUAAAGUUGUAAAUAGGAACAGUGGAAGGACAUGUAUUAUAAAAUGAAAAAGAUAUAAAUAUAUAGAUGAACGAGUAGGAGAAGAAGAAGAAGAAGAAGACAAAAGAAGAAGAAGAAGAAGAAGAAGAAGAAGAAGAAGAAGAAGAAGAAGAAGAAGAAGAAGAAGAAGAAGAAGAAGAAAAAGAAGAAGAAGAAGAAGAAGAAGAAUAAGAAGAAGAAGAAAUAGAAUGAAUCAGUUAUUGCUCAAUUUGAACAUAGAAUUCAACAUGAUAUGAUUAUUUUGUAAAAAUGUAAAAUUUAAAUUGAAAAUACUGUAUAUUAUAGGAUAAUUUAAAGCUUCCAUGUGUUUUAACAAUAAUGAAUUGUCUCUCCACUUUAUUAGUAU